AGAUCAUCCCAGGACUGAGAGUCAGGAGACUUCCAAGAAUCGCGCUGAAACUCUCUGGAAACUUUGGGAUUCAGGAUCCGAGGCCCGCUUUGGACUUUGUCGCUCAAUUAUUUAACAGCAAACGGAUUUUUUUCCCCCCCUUUUGUGCGCGUGUGUUUGUUGGUGGAUUGAAAAGAGGUGAAUCAUGAAGAUGCCGUCAGCGCGCCGCUGCCUGGCUGUGUACCUCACGCUGUUUGGAUACCUUGGGGAGGUUUACGCGGGCGCUGCUCUUAUGAAUUCCAACGCCAUCAAAAACUUACCCGGUGCUCCCGCUGGCAAAGGCACCGACCUUGUCAGUCCAAGUCCGCGCACGUCCCCUCCCGGCAGUAUUGGGCAGAAAUUACCGCCGGACACCUUGCAGCAGUCAGGUGUUUGUGCGGCUGACGACGACUGCGGAGGUGAUGAAUUCUGCAACGAUGCUCGAGGCGCCUGUCUGCCGUGCCGUAAGAGCCGGAAGCGUUGCACAAGGGACUCCAUGUGUUGUGCAGGAAACCGCUGCAGCAAUGGGGUUUGCCAUGCAAAUGACAUGGUUGUCACAGAGCCAUCCAUCACCACUGGUGGGCACAAACACAAUCACACCACCGAGCACCAUGGCAAGAAAACCUCCAGUGCCCAGGGUCAUCAUCCCAACGCUGUCAAAGGACAAGAGGGGGAUAGUUGCCUGAGAUCGGCAGACUGCUCGGAUGGUUUGUGCUGCGCCAGACACUUCUGGUCUCGCAUCUGUAAGCCUGUGCUGACAGAGGGCCAGGUGUGUACGCGCCACCGCAGGAAAGGCAACCACGGCUUGGAGUUGUUCCAGCGCUGCGACUGUGGCGAGGGGCUGACCUGUCGACCGGAGAAGGGAGAGCGAGAUCACGGCAUCAGCAGGACUGCCGCCCGGAACCUACACACCUGUCAGAGACGCUGACACAAACGCAUGGACAACAGACUCUGGAGCACACACACCCUGCAAAACCCAUAAAUCAGUCACAGACACUGACAAACACUUCAGCCUUGCAUACACCACAGAUGCUGACACACACACACACACACACACACACACACACACACACACACCCUCCACACACACACACAGAUAAAUGUCCAACACCUAAGACAUUCCUUCCUGCCAAAGUUGCUGACACAAACACAUCACCCGGAAGGAUAGACAAGAUUCCUGGAAAAGUGAUACACCCAGAGGGAUACGGCGGUGCAAGAUGGACUGAUCCAAUUCCCCAUCAACAGAUGGAGAGUCGGAAGUUAGGAAGUGACAUGUCAGAAGUAUUGGGCAGAUCGAUUCUCGCUGUCAGUAAUGGCAGAGUUGUUUUGUUUCUUUUUAUGAAACUUCAAGCCACGUUUUUUUGCAGUAAAUUACUGUGUUGUAAAUAUCCUGGAAGUGGCACUUAACAGAAUUAAGUCAACACCAGUAUUAUACAGACGUGGUGCUGCAUGUAUAUUGUUUUAUAAAAAAAAUGUAAAAUAUAUUUGUUUUAUUAAAUGUAAUCAUAGUC